AUGACCGAAAACAAUCAACCUUUGACAAUAGCGGUAACAGAGCUCAUUAAAGAAGCGUCUCGCAUAAAAGAGUUCAGAGGCGAUAAAUCGUACGAUCUCUCAGCAUUUAUAAGGGAAGUCGAAUUAAUCCUUCCACUGUUCAACGAGAAUCGACCCUUACAGGAAUUCAUAUUCCAACGGUAUAUCAGAACAAAAAUCCAGGGAGCGGCGUUAAAUGCAAUACGAACAUUGGGACAAUCGCCAUCGUGGACCACGAUAAGAGAGGAACUAAUAAGGAACUUUGGUAUCAAGGAAACCUAUCAUAAUUUAUACCAUCAAGCCAUAAGUACCAAGAAUAAUAAUGUGCUAUCGAUAUCAAUGCCUCUAAUUUUCGUAAUGCUGAUAAUGGGAGCAACGGCAACAAUGAUAACUGAAGACAUCAAAAACGAAGACGGACUCGCCGAAAUAAAACUUGAAAACGUACAAGUGAUCACAGAUUUUGACAUCAUCCUUCACAUAAUCAGACCGCAGGAAAUAGAAAAUAUAAUUGACGCACUAGAAAAUUUAGCUAGAGACUCUAAAUUGACCGAGAAAGAACAAAUUCUGACUCAGGAAUUCACAACAUUACGGAGUAAACUUUACACACUAUUACCACAUAAACAAAAAAGAGGAUUAAUUAACAUAUUAGGUACAACAAUGAAAUGGUUGUAUGGAACUAUGGACGACGAUGAUAGACAGAAUAUAGAGCAGCAUCUCAAAAAAUUUGAGAAGAAGACUUGGGGAAUUAAUUUUGAAUCAUUACACGAUCGAACAACGUGCUCAAAUAACUGA